ACGCGUCUCUUUCUUUAAUCGAAAAAGGAGAAACGAUUUGUGCUCGACUGAGCGCCGCAGCGACGGACGUUGCUCUGUAAAUUAUGUCAAAUACACAUAUGUGAAUACGCUGACGUUACAUUCACCGGCGGAAAGGUGUGCUGACAAUCUCGCGCAAAGGAAGAGCAAUGUUUUUUAACAGAUGAUGUGUCCAGGCGGAUUUGCAGGAUUUUACGACGCCGCUCAAACAAGAAAACCAAGCGCUCGUCUAAGAAAAGGAGUAACGUUAAACACCGGCAACCUUACACGACAAAUUACGCGUUUAUCCAACGAGAUGCUGACGAACUGUUGAGUCUUUGACAUAAAUUGGAGCAAGCGAGACCUUUCGACAAGCUGUUUCUGUUUCAGUAACGACAGAGGAUGCCGCACACCGGAUACACCUGACCCCCUCCCCCCCCCCCUUUCACUGAAGGCCAUUUACCUGUCAUCAGCCAAAAGACACUCGAGGUAGGAAAUGGAGAUAAGGAAAGUACACAGCAAAAACUGAAUUAACCUACACAGUUAUAUUAACAAAACAAGCUCCCUCUGAUACUCCUGUGAACUCGAGGGAACUUGGAAGAUAAGAGCCACAGAAGAGAGAGUAAUUCUUGUUGCUGACAGCUGGCAACACUGGAAGGACCGCUGAGGAACUUCAUAAGAGGGUGAGAGGUUGAUCACAGAGUGAGAGAGACGGGGACUGACACAGAGCCAGAGUGCAGGAGGAGGAGGAGGCGGAGGAGCGGGAAAGGACAAUCGCCAUGGCGACGGACCCGGGAGAGCCCACUGCCACAGAGGAAUCCUCCGGAGAGAAACCUGAUGGAAAGAGGGAGGAGGAGAGUGACCAGGGGAACAGGGCUGCCCAUGAGAGAGAAAGGAUUCACAGCACUCCAUCUGACUUCCCCUCCUCACAGACCCAGGAAAGGAGAGCUUGGGGCGCAGGAGGAGGAGGUGGUGGAGUGGAGGAUGGUAAAGAAACAGAGGUGCCGGCCAAACCUCUGACCUUCUUCAUGCCCUCUUCCCCAGCUGCCCACGAACCAUGUCGGAAACGGGAGAACAAGCGUUUUUUCCGGAAGAGCGUGGAGAUAUGCGAACAGGACGAUGAGGUGGAAGAAACCAUCAGCGCCCCUCAUAGUGCCCCUCACCUCGAGUUUUGUGCCUCCGACUCUGUUUUUACCAGCGGAGCCCAGCAGUUACCCGCCAGUGCCUCGGCUGCCUUGAGUGAGGAUGGCACUCAUGGCACGCAGGAUCCUGAUAAGACCGGCCUUACGACGUCCGCUCUGAAGGGGAAGGAGAGAGAUAGAGAACAGGAAGAAGAGGCCGAGAUGAAGGCCGUCGCCACUUCACCCAGUGGCCGCUUUUUAAAAUUUGACAUCGAGCUUGGCAGGGGAGCAUUCAAAACCGUUUACAAAGGCCUGGACACAGAAACCUGGGUGGAAGUUGCCUGGUGUGAAUUGCAGGGUAUGAACCGUGUGAUCUCUUGACUGAGUUAGAGCAGACAAAUCCAUGGUUUAGGACAGCUUCUCACAAGCCUUCGGGACCCCAUAAGUCCAUGCCGCUGCUUGGAGAGAAACGUGAUACAGAACUAAGCCUUCCUUCUCCCAAGCUAGAGUCGUGAU